AUGGCGAACUCACGUCUUUACACACCAAAACCUAUCACGGAUAUCUUCACGGGAGACACCGACAUCAACCGUCGAGACUGCCGUCGUAAAGUCCCCAUGAAAGUGCUCAUUCUCGGGCUGGGUAGGACGGGAACUGCAUGUUCGUUCCCAUUCGAACAGUUUCAUCUGCAAAACAAAAUACUAACCGAUUCCACAGCAAUGAGAGCAGCAAUGCGCGAGCUAGGCUAUGUAGACACAUACCACAUGAUGUCAGCCAGUAUCGAAAACCCACCGGACUGUCUCCUCUGGCGCGAUGCCUUCGACGCCAAGUACCACAAUGGCCCCGCCUUCACCAGGGCAGACUGGGAUCAACUUCUGGGCCACUGCCAAGCAGUUUGUGAUUGGCCAGCCGUAGCCUUCGCCCCUGAACUCAUCGCCGCGUAUCCCGAAGCCAAAAUCAUCCUCACAAAUCGCGACGUCGAUUCAUGGCACGCAUCUACACUCAAGACGGUAAACUGGCGCGUGAACGACUGGGAGCUCGAAAAACUCAAGGGGUGGGAUUGGGCGGCUAGCAUGUAUAAACCCAUGUUGCAAGAGUUUUUCGAUUGUUUCUUCGAGGGCGAUUUUGAAAAUAAGGGGAAACAGAUCUAUACUCAACAUUAUGAGAACGUCAGGAGUAUUGUGAAGGCAAUGGGACCCGCUGGCGAGGGCAAAUUGCUGGAAUACAAGAUUACUGAUGGAUGGGAAAAAUUGUGCGACUUUUUGGGAGAAGCGGUUCCUAAGGAUAGAACAUUCCCCAAAGUCAACGAUAACAACGAUUUCGUUGAUCGAUCGAAGUGGAGAAACAGAUGUCAGUUGAUGAAUGUUCUGUUUAGAUACUUUUGUAUAGUGGUUGGUUGUGGACUGACAUAUGUUUGUCUGAUGAGAAUAUGGAAUCUGUUGUAGGCGGGAAGAAAUCAACGGCGAAACUUUGGGAAAGGGGAUGUAUGAAUGGAUAAAUACUGCGUUACUGUAUAUCUUUUAGAAAGAAGCAAAGCAUUAUUGGGUUUGGGGUCUGGUUAGAGGGAUAUGUAGGGUAUGUGCAUUUACUGUACACUCUAGGUUUUUUGUUGGGUUACCUUUUUCUGUUGUACAUUAUAUAUACCCUCGAGAUCGAUCCACUUGUUCUUUAGAGACAAUAUAUAUAUAUAUUUAUUCAUCAUCUUACUACAUUUUAUAUACAUUUUUAAACAGUAUCUUUUGUUUUCCAUCUUUCUACAAUAAAUAAACUGUCUAUACUGCGUAACCCGGAAAAUGUAUAUUUUCAUCUGGAAUUCCGUGCACUCACUCCAUCGAUACCUAUGUAGUAGAUAUCACAUCUACCACACGAAAGCUAACCUCGAAUAGCUGCAUCAAAGCUUCAAAGACCAAGUUACGGACGCGUACUCUGUUCUGGAUUAGGGGAAAAGACGGAGAAGAACUUUGGAAAUUCAAGAAACUGGAUCACCGCAUAA